AUUGACGUGCCUGUGACCACCGGUGUCAUCGCUUUGAAGUGACUGACGGCGCUAAGCCCUAACGUAGGCGGUCAUUUUUGCAGUCGGCCUCCCUUUAGCGGAGCCACUUCCGGUGUGUUUGAGCGCGAAAAUGCUGGUGACGGCAGUCGCUGGAGGAGGAGCGGCUGGUUUUCCGCGCUGGUGAGCGAGCGAGUCAGUCAGUCUCGCCUGAAUAUGGCGCUUACCACUCAAGAGACAUCUACAUAUGGAACAACGUCUUCAGAUUCUGAUGUUGGUGAAGAACUGUCAUACCUGCCUGAAAAACUAAAACAGCACCUGCUUCCUUUUCAGAAGAAAGGAGUUGUGUUUGCAUUGGAAAGAAGUGGCAGGUGUAUGAUUGCAGAUGAGAUGGGCUUGGGGAAGACCAUCCAAGCCAUAGCUGUAUCAUACUACUACAAGAAUGAAUGGCCUCUGCUAAUAGUGGUGCCCUCAUCUCUGAGGUACCCUUGGGUAGAUGAGCUGGAGAAGUGGAUCCCAGAACUCUGUCCAGAUGACAUAAUUAUCAUUCAGAAUAAAACUGAUGUUUGGAAGAUAUCUACAAGCAAAGUGACUGUGCUGGGUUAUGGUUUGCUAACUUCAGAUGCACAGACUUUAAUUGAUGCUCUACACAAACAGAAAUUCCAAGUAGUCAUAGUUGAUGAGUCUCACUACAUGAAAUCCAGAAAUGCAGCUCGUAGCAAGAUCUUGUUGCCAAUUGUACAAAAUGCUGUUCGGGCCAUUCUGCUUACUGGAACCCCUGCUUUAGGAAGGCCUGAAGAGCUUUUCAUGCAACUUGAAGCGCUUUGCCCCAGAAAAUUUGGGACAUGGUCCGAAUUUUCAAAGAAGUACUGUGAUGCACGUGUCAGAUUUUUUGGCAAGAGACGACAGUGGGACUGCAGAGGAGCUUCAAAUUUAGAUGAACUGCACCAGUUACUAAGUAAUGUGAUGAUUCGGCGAAUGAAGAAUCAAGUUUUAACUCAGUUGCCACCUAAAAUCAGGCAACGAAUUCCUUUUGAUCUUCCCCAAACUGUUGCUAAGGAAUUAAAUGCUAGUUUGGAAGAGUGGGAGAAAUUAAUGAGGGGUUCAAAAUUAGGUUCUGCAGACAGUGACUUCUCCCAGGUGAUGGGCCUAAUUACACGCAUGUUUAAACAGACUGCCACUGCCAAGGCAGGAGCAGUAAAGGAUUAUAUCAAAAUGCUGCUGCAGAAUGACAAACUGAAGUUUCUAGUCUUUGCCCAUCACUUAAGCAUGCUGCAGGCAUGUUCGGAGGCAGUGAUAGAAAGCAAGGCUCGGUAUAUUCGGAUAGAUGGGAGUGUGCCUUCAGCGGAAAGAAUUAACCUUGUCAAUCAGUUCCAGAAGGAUCCAGAAACUCGAGUGGCCAUUUUGAGCAUUCAGGCUGCAGGUCAGGGUUUAACAUUUACUGCUGCUACUCAUGUUGUAUUUGCUGAAUUAUACUGGGAUCCUGGACAUAUCAAGCAAGCAGAAGACAGGGUGCAUCGUAUUGGACAGUGCAAUUCUGUGAAUAUUCAUUACCUUAUUGCAAAUGGAACAUUGGACCCUCUUAUGUGGGCAAUACUGAACCGAAAGGCCAGAGUUACAGGAACAACACUGAAUGGCAAAAAAGAGAAAUUGCAAGCUCAGGAAGGUGACCGAGAGAAGUGGGAUUUUCUGAAUUUUGCUGAAGCUUGGAUCCCGAAUGAAAGUCUAUAUGAGAUAAAGAGCGAGGUCUUAUUCACCCAUUUUGAAAAGGAAAAGCAGCAUGAUAUCCGGACCUUCCUUUCACCAAAAACAAAUACUGAGAAAAAACGAAAAAUGACUACUUGUGACAAGUCUUCAGGACUGAGUGCAGAUUUUUCUCAAGUGUUAGAAGAAGAGGAUGUGGAAAAUGGUGGAUCCAUAGAUUCCAAGGGGCUCUCUGAGAUGAAUGUUCUGCAUAGUGAAGCAAAAAGACCAAGAGGCUUAGAUCCAUCUACUCCUAAGCAUUCCUCUAAGAAAGGGAAGAAAUCUUUGUUUAGAAGCACAAACUGUUCAUUUACAGAAAAGAGUGCCAAAGAGGAUUUUGUUACUCCAUUAUCUAAUUCAAGCAAAGUACCUACUCCUGAGGGAGCUUGGCCCUGUGGUCUCUGUACUUAUACUAAUAAUUCAUUGCUGCCUUACUGUGAAAUGUGUGAAUCUCCUCGGAGAAGGAACAUUAGACAAGAUAGAAGUUGGAUCAAUGAUUCUCUCUCUACUGAGAGUGUGGAAAAAAAUGCAGCCCAAGUAAACGUAAGUCCUAAUGGUGCAGAGAAGACCAGUGAAGAUGGCCAGAGGAAUAACUUAGCAGAGCCAGUGCCUGGGAUAUCUAAUGCAACUGAUAAAGAAACUGCCAUUGUUGCAAGUAAACAAUCAAAUUGCUGCGAGUCAGAGCUCAGAGAAGAGCAUUUAGAGGAUCCGGAGCACUUCUCAGCAUAUUGUGGCCUGAAGUUCUGUGCAAGUAAAAAUACUGACAGGAUUCAUGUCUACACAAAGGAUGGAGAGCCUCUGAAUUGUAAUUUCAUUCCAUUGGAUAUAAAACUAGAUAACUGGGAAGAUUUACCAGAGUGUUUUCAACAAAAACAGAACCGUUCAUUGAUACUAAGAUUUGUAAGAGAAUGGAACAGUCUAACAGCCAUGAAGCAGAGAAUUAUCAGGAAAAGUAGCCUGCUAUUUUCUAGUCCCAUCCUUGUUGCUGAAGAGCUGUUACAAAAACAGCAGGCCAAGCUCAGCAGUACCAAAAGAUACAUGACAAAAGAAGAUGUUGCCAAAGCUUCACUAGAGCAAGCCAACAGCAGUGGCGGUAGUGUACGCAUAGUCACCAAAAAAUCUGUGGCUGCCGUAAAAAUCAGCACCGACUUUGCUGGCAAAAAGGACAACUCUUCUGCAGAGUUGGCUUCAGAAGGUGGGAACUGCCCAGGCUCCAGCCUGAUAGAUACUUUGGAAGAUCCUUCCUUUGGCAAAGGCUUUGUCCAAGCUGUAGACCAUGAAGGGAAACCCCUUUGCCUCAGUUGCCAAAAACCAGCAAUCCAGAAUGAACAGAUGUCAGUUUCUAUUGCCUGGGAUACACGGUUUUGUUCUCUUAAGUGCCAGGAUGAGUUCUUAAUCCGCACCAGCCAAAGUUACCUGAGAACCAAAGUUUUUGAAAUAGAACAUGGAGUUUGUCAGAUGUGUGGUUUGAAUGCCCAAGAACUCUACCUCUGUGUCAGAGAUGCCCCAAAAAAUCAACGUAAGAGUCUUCUGGAAAACUCUUGGAUGUCCAGACUUCCUUUAAUACAGUUAAAUGACAUUAUACUGAAUCCAACUGAAGGUCACUUCUGGCAAGUGGAUCAUAUCAAGCCAGUGUACAGUGGGGGAGGACAGUGUUCUCUGGAAAAUCUUCAAACGCUAUGUACAGUUUGUCACAAAGAGAGAACAGCAAAACAAGCAAAGGAAAGAAGCCAAAUGAAGAGACAAUGCGAAGCUUCAAAAUAUGGAUCAGACAUUACCAAAUUUUUUGUGAAAUUAUGAAACUACUGUUAGAACCUUGUGCAUAGUUGAUAGUGUCAAUCAUGUACUUCAGCAGUUAUUGGCUAUUGUUUGAAAAUCCUAUGGUGGGAGCUUAACUAUUUCCUGGGUUCACUGUAGAAUCACUGUUCCAUUGGGGCAUCCACCUCCUCUCCUGCAAGCUCCCCUGUGCCCUUGGAAUCCCAGAAGGCUCCCCUGGCAGUAAUUCUGGAUCCAAGCCUUGGGGUGUGUUGCUUGACUGGCUUUUUGCCUUGUUUCCUACUAAGGACAGAUAGAUUUUUAUCAUAGCUAAUAAAAGAAAAAAGCAGACUA